AUGGAUUAUCAAGAAAAGAAGGUGGAAGACAAAAAACAGACGGUUCAACGACCGUUUCUGAGGGCUCGAGACACUCCGCCGUUCGGAAUUGCUCUUCUUUAUGGAUUUCAACAAGUUAUGGUCUGCGUCUCGGCACUUCUUACAGUACCAAUUAUUAUGGCAGAUUCAUUAUGCCCAGGAGAUAAAAUUGCUUUCCUCCGACAAACGCUUAUCAGCUCUACGUUUGUCAGCAGUGGCAUUUCGACAAUCAUUCAAACACUUUUCGGGAUGAGACUAGCUCUCUUACAAGGAACUGCAUUCGCUUAUGUCCCAUCAGUUCAAGGAUUCAUGAGUCUUCCAGAAAACUUCUGCAACGCUACCGAACAUGAUUCCGUUCCCCAAGAGAUCUACUUUGGAAAACUUGCACUUCUUCAAGGAUGCUUGAUUGCUUCGUCUUUUAUUCCAAUGUUCAUCGGAUGCACUGGUCUUGUUGGAAUGCUAACAAAGUUUAUCGGGCCCCUUACUGUAUCCCCGCUGAUGCUUCUCCUGGCAUUCAGUCAAGUCGACUUGAUGGUUACUCAUAUCAGCAAGCACUGGGUCGCUAUUGUUCAAGCUGUUACUCUUUUCGCUACAAUUCUCUAUUUGGCAGAAGUGAAGAUUCCGAUUCCUGGGGUCAAAAACAGAAGAUUCCACUGGUACAAAGUCAACCUGUUUGGACAGUAUCCCUAUCUUAUUGCAAUCUGUACUUCAUGGAUCUUCUGCAUCAUCCUCACCGUCUUCAAUCUAACUCCGGAAGGAAGUGCUGCUCGUGUAGAUAAGAAUAUUUCUCUUCAAGUUAUUGAUGAAUCCGCGUGGCUUGGAGUACCGUAUCCUGGAAAGUUCGGAGCUCCUCAAUUCAACCUUGGUCUCUUCUUGCUCUUCACCCUUUCUGCAAUGACAUCAGUGUUCGAAUCAGUUGGUGAUUAUCAUGCAGCUGCCAGAGUUUCUGAAGAACGACCACCACCAAGCCAUGCUAUCAAUCGAGGAAUUUUGGCAGAAGGCCUAGGAUCUUUGAUUUCAGGACUUCUCGGACCAGGAGUCGGAAUGACGACUCAUACAGAAAAUAUUGGAGUGAUUGGUGUGACUCGAGUCGCUUCCAGAUGGACUAUGGUCAUGGCUGGACUCUUCCUCAUUGUCCUUGGCCUCAUCACAAAGAUCGGAGCUCUUCUUUCUACUAUACCGGAUCCUCUUGUCGGCGGAGUUCUUGCUUCUUCAAUGGCUAUGGUAGUUGGUGUUGCUAUCGCAAAUCUUCAAACAGUGGACAUGUCUCUUUCUCGAAACAUGGGUGUCUUCGGAUUCUCGAUGAUGUUUGGUUUAAUUGUUCCAAAGUAUUUCAACAAGUUCCCAGUGGAAAACGCGUGGUCCUGGUUGAAUCAGAUUCUCAACGUUCUUCUCCAGAUGCCAAUGUUUGUGGGAGCUCUUUGUGGAUGUAUUUUGGAUAACACAAUUGGAGGCGCAACACGCGAGCAAAGAGGUCUUCGACCAAGAGGGGAGAUCUAUGCCGGUGGAAUAGAUGAGUGUACCUAUAGCUUCCCUCCGUGGGCAAUGAAUAUUCUUAAUCGUAUUCCUGGAGUUCAAUACAUUCCUUGUAUGCCAAAAGAAAAGAAAGGAACCAAUCGAGUGGGAGGAGAAGAAAUUCGUCUCUAG